AUGAAAAAUACUAUACAAUUCAUCGAAAACUGUUUCGUGCUAAUCAUAGUUUUUAUAACAACUAUUUACGCGCAAUAUCCAUGUUCAUGUUUAUGUUGUCUUGGUCAAAAUUGUCAAUCAGCUACGAUUGGUUACGUUUACGCUCCAUAUUGCACAGCAGACAGUUGUAGUCAAACAUGUCGUGAUAAAUACUAUCAAUGUUCAGCAUACACUCCUUAUGGACAAGCGACUGGACAAUGUAUAAGUGGAACGACUAUUGCACCCGCAAAUGGUCCGUACAGUUGUCGAUGCGAUUGCUGUAGUUCUGGAUCUACUACUUGUGCACCUGUUUUAGUUGGUUAUACUACCACUUAUUCAUGUUUACCUGGAUCAUGUAGUAUAGCGUGCAACUCAGCUUAUCCACUUCUAUGCGUUUCGAAUCAAUAUGGACAAACACAAGGCUCAUGCCAAGGACUAACUACGACAGCUACAACUACAACGACAAUUGGCCCAUGGUUGGGUAAUGCAUGUUCAUGUUACUGUUGCACAUCAAAUUCAUACUGUAUUCCUACUAUUCUCGUAGGAAAUACGUCGGCUUCACAGUGCUCUACAGUCGCUUGCACACAAGCAUGUCAAAUUCGAUAUCCACCACUGUGUCCAUUAACGACUAGUGUUGGACAAACGUUGGGUCAAUGUUUAACAUCUGUAAGCGGAACUACACGGUGUCGUUGUAAUUGCUGUGGUAGUAUUGCAUGUAAAGACUUCGAUGCGUACACUACGGGUGACUGCACAUUAUGUUCGUCAACAUGUGCACAAUAUACUCAGUGCAUUAAUACCUAUCAAAUAACAUAUACAUGCGAUGCGAACUCAGUGACUUCUAGACAAUUGCCAAUUUUCUGUGUGAUCUUUUUGUUCAUUUUCAUGUAA